UGAGAGAUCAUCUGCUCAGAAUUUUGUGCACUUUUUGUGGCGCUGGUUCAUCAAGAUCUCCUUCAACGAGGCAGAAUGUCAAUAUCGUAGCAGCUGGUUUUGAUGUCGUGGAAAAAAAUCAGUUCCGUCAACUUGUACCGAGAUCUCGAUAAGGUGAUCCAAGACAUGGGUUUAAUCAAGAAAGAUGCGAUGGAGAUUAAAGAUGAUAAUAUUGGAAUAAUCGAAGAUCAUCUGCACAUAAAUUCUUCUACUCUUGCUGGUGCUGCUUCGUCAAGGUCUCCUUUAACAACGAAGCAGGAAACCAUGGUUGGUUUUGAUGAGCUCUUGAUUGAAGUAAUGGAUAAGCUAAAUGCAGUUGAUAAAUAUUUGAAUGAUCAUGUGUUUAGCCUAGAAGCUGUUUUUCAGCUUGUUAACUCGCGGUUCAUUGCUAUCACAUCUGAUAGGGAUCAAAAUGCCGAUUUUCCUUCGUCAAUCAACCUCCUUUGGAAUCUACAGACUUUAAUUGUCAAGGAGAGAGAUGCUUUUGCACCAUUUGAAAUUUGGAAGAUGACUCAACUUAGGCAUGUUCAGUUGAAUCAACUUGAAAUGCCCGAUCCUCCUCUCGAUGGGAAAGACGAAUAUGUUUUGGGGAACCUACGGACGCUCUCGAGAAUAAGAAAUUUCAAAUGA